UCGUGAAAUUUUGGCUGUAAACAAAAAUUACUGUUUUGAGUAUAAAAGUGUUUUAGAAUCACCAAUCAAGUAAUUUUUCAUACCAACAAUAUCUAUAUGCCAACUACUAUUCAUUCCUUAUCUUAGAUACUAACUCAUCAGUUGGUAGUAUCAGUUCUCAUUCAUUAGCAUUUCCAGUCAUUCCUUUAAGAUUUCCUUGUUCCAUUUCCUUUUAAAGUUUUAUAUAUAUUAACUACAGCCGUUCCUUUUGUCUUUUACGUUUAAUCAAUCUAUCUACGCAACCACCAUCCAUAUUUAUUCAUAUUAUAACUAGUUACAAUGAUCGAUUAUGAAUCAUUGAUUGAAUUUGAAGAAUCUUUAAGUUCAUGUUCAGAUUAUGGAACUACUAUCUUACAAAAUAACAUUGAAUUAAAAAUUGAAUGUUUAAGAUACAGUAGUGGAUCCUUAACUGAUUCUGAUUCUGAUGGAGAUGAAGAUUCAGAAUCUAAUUUUGAAUCUGAUGAGAAGUUGGAAGAUGUCAAUGAAGCCCAACAAAUCGAAAUUAGUGAAGAUAAAUUCAAUCAAAUAUUCAAAAAUUAUCAUUUUAAAAAUGAUGAGUUUUCAACUUGUAAUAAAUGUGGUAGAUCUUUAGCUAAUGAAGAUGAUUAUCAAAAAUGUUGUUUAUCCUAUAUUGAAAUAAAACAACAAAUAAAUUCAAAUUUAGAAAAGUCAUAUUGGAUUUCUUUAUUGAAUAAUCCAACUAGAACUAUCAAUACUUUACCAUAUUAUACUCAAUUAUUAUUUUUACAACAAGGUGGUAUACCUAAUCAAAUUCGAUCAUUAAUUUGGAAGAAAUUGUUUUUAUUAUCCAAUAAAAAGAUCCCUCAAUCGAUUAAAUAUGUAUAUCAAAACUUUCAACAUUCAUAUAACGUUGAAAUUUCCAAACAAAUCUCCAAAGAUUUAAAUCGUACUUUUCCUACUAUAAGUUUCUUUAAACAAGAAAAAGUGAUUCAAAACUUAUCUACUAUUUUAAAUGUUUAUGCCAAUUAUGAUGUUGAAUUAGGUUAUUGUCAAGGUUUAUUAUUCUUAGUAGGGGUAUUAUAUCAUAAUUUUAAUCAAAAUUCAUUAUUAACAUUCUAUUCAUUAAUUAAUAUAAUGGAAAAUGAACCUCAAUUGCAUAAUAUAUUUUCAACUUUCACUAUGGCAUCUACGUUAAAUAAUUGGUAUUUGGAAUUUCUUAACCUUUUAAAAUCAGUUGAUUCACAGUUAUUCAAUCAUCUUAUUGAAUUUGUGGAAUUUAAACCAUUUCUUUAUCAAUGGUGGUUAUCCUUUAUUUCAUCCCAUUCCCCUGAUUCAUCCAUUAUAAAUCGUAUUAUUGAUUUCUGUUUAAUUCAAGGUUGGAAAAUUGGGUUAUUCAAAAUAUCACUUGGAUUAAUCAUAAGUAAUAAACCAAUCUUAAUGAGUUUAUCAAAGGGAGAAGAAGAAAUCAUUUAUCAACAUUUAUUAAAUGAAAGUAAAUGGAGUAAUGUCAUAAAUAAUUUAGAUCUAUUCUUUGGACAAUUAUUAUUAUCUUGGGAUGAAGCUUUAUUCCUUAAUUUUGAAAAACUUGAUGAUAAACUUCUUGAUGAUGAUGGCUAUCAUGAUGAACAUUUCAAUCCAAUUAUUGAUAAGUUUAAGAAAUUAUCAUUAAAUUUAAGAUCAUUAUCGAACCAAGGGGUUACUUCAUUACGUAAUCGUUCUAAUAGUUCUUCAAUCAAUACUUUAAAUCAAUCAACCACUUCAGUGUUUUCUACAACUCACAAUCAGAACUCCAAUAAUUCAUCUUCCAAACAUGAAUUAGAAUCAAUCUAUUCCGAUGUAAGUGAUGUAAGUAGUAAUGAAAAUAAAUCAUUCACAGAUUAUUUGAAAUUGCCCACAUUUAAGAAAUCACCAACGGCAGAUAAUGAAUCCACUGUAUCAGCUGCAUCUUCAGCAUUGAUAGUGGAAAACAAUACUUUGAAAGUAUUGUUAAAGAAAGCCAUGGAAUUGAUUGAUGAGAAUCAAGUUGACGGUGCUGAUGCCUUAAAGCUGGAUAUUAUGAAAGUUAUGUAACGUUGGUUGAUUGAUUUAUUAUUUAUUUACUUCUCUAUUUAUUUAUUUAUUUAUUAUUUAUACUUCUAGUUAGUUAGUUCAAGGAUACCAACAAUAUUAAGUUUAAAAAAUACAAUU